AGGGACUCGCGCAUGCGCGGGGGGCGGCUCGUGAUUGGGCGGCGGGGACUCUUGUGAGGCGGCCGAGAGAGAAAGAGAGAGAGAGAGAGCGGUUCUUGUUCUUCUGAGGGACUUUUGGUCGAGAGAGAGAGAGAGAGAGAGAGAGAGAGAGAGAGGAAGAACGUGGAGAAGGAAGCCGGAAGGAAGGCCUGCUCCUUCCCCUUCCCGGCGGAGGAGGCCUGGGCGGAUGCCUCGUCGCGGGUGAGGGAGAGAAGGGCAGGCCUGGCGGGGGGCCCCGGGCAGGCCGAGGCGGAAGAGGAAGCGGAAGAGGAAAAGGCCGCCGGAGGAAGAGGAGGAGGAGAUGGCGCUGCUCGGGGUCCUCGUCGUGCUCGGGUCCUGGGCCGCCGGCGCCGGAGGUCAGUACGGGAACCCCCUCAACAAAUACAUCCGUCAUUACGAAGGACUGUCCUACGACGUGGACUCCUUACACCAAAAACACCAGCGUGCCAAAAGAGCCGUCUCUCACGAAGACCAGUUUCUGCGCCUCGAUUUCCAUGCUCACGGGAGGCAUUUUAACCUUAGGAUGAAGAGAGAGAUGUCUCUCUUUAGCGAAGACUUCAAGCUAGAGAUGUCCAAUAAAGAAAUCGAUUACGAUACCUCCCAUAUUUACACUGGGCACAUUUAUGGUGAACAGGGAAGCUUUAGCCACGGGUCCGUUGUGGACGGAAGGUUCGAAGGCUUCAUCAAGACUCACGGGGGGACCUUCUAUAUCGAGCCGGCCGAGAGAUACAUCAAGGACAAAGCGCUGCCUUUCCACUCCGUCAUGUACCACGAAGACGACAUCCGAUAUCCACAUAAAUACGGGCCGCAGGGCGGUUGUGCUGACCAUUCCGUCUUCGAAAGGAUGAUGAAGUACCAAAUGACCGGUGUCGAAGAGCCAACAAAGCAGCCGCCCUCAGAAGAAGAACCCAGCGGGCCCAUCCCGGAGCUCUUGAGAAAAAAGCGAGCGGCCCAAGCGGAGAAGAACACCUGCCAGCUCUACAUCCAGACGGACCACCUCUUCUACCGAUACUACGGGACGAGGGAAGCUGUCAUCGCGCAGAUCUCCAGCCACGUCAAAGCGAUUGACACCAUCUACCAGUCGACAGAUUUCUCAGGAAUCCGAAACAUCAGUUUUAUGGUGAAAAGGAUCAGGAUCAACACGACCCAGGAUGACAAGGACCCUUCCAACCCGUUCCGCUUUGCCAACAUCGGGGUGGAGAAGUUCCUGGAGCUCAACUCGGAGCAGAACCACGACGACUACUGCUUGGCCUACGUCUUCACCGACCGGGACUUCGACGACGGGGUUCUGGGCUUGGCCUGGGUGGGAGCCCCUUCGGGGAGCUCUGGCGGCAUCUGCGAGAAGAGCAAGCUCUACUCGGACGGCAAGAAGAAGUCCCUGAACACCGGCAUCAUCACCGUCCAGAACUACGGCUCCCACGUUCCCCCCAAGGUCUCCCACAUCACCUUUGCGCACGAAGUGGGACAUAAUUUUGGCUCUCCGCACGACUCUGGGACCGAAUGCACUCCGGGAGAGUCCAAGAACCUGGGCCAGAAGGAGAACGGGAACUACAUCAUGUACGCCAGGGCCACGUCCGGGGACAAGCUGAACAACAACAAGUUCUCCAACUGCAGCAUCAGGAACAUCAGCCAAGUCCUGGAGAAGAAGAGGAAUAACUGUUUUGUGGAAUCGGGGCAGCCCAUCUGUGGGAACGGUCUGGUGGAAGACGGGGAGCAGUGCGACUGCGGAUACAGCGACCAGUGCAAAGACGACUGCUGCUUCGACGCCAACCAGGGGGAGGACAAGCGGUGCAAGCUCCGGCCCGGGAAGAAGUGCAGCCCCAGCCAAGGCCCCUGCUGCACCCCGUUCUGCGAAUUCAAGAGUUUGGGGGCCAAAUGCCGCAACGACUCGGAAUGCGCGGAAGAGGGGCGCUGCAACGGCACCUCCUCCUUCUGCCCCACCUCCCGGCCCAAGCCCAACCUCACCGACUGCAACAGGAACACACAAGUUUGCAUCAACGGGCAAUGCGCCGGCUCCAUCUGCGAGAAGUAUCAGCUGGAGGAGUGCACGUGCGCCAGCACCGACGCCAAGGACGACAAGGAGCUCUGCCACGUCUGCUGCAUGAAGAAAAUGCGGCCGGAGACGUGCGCCAGCACCGGGUCGGACGUGUGGAAGGAGUUCUUCCAGCACAAGACCAUCACGCUCCAGCCGGGCUCGCCCUGCAACGACUUCAAGGGCUACUGCGACGUCUUCAUGCGCUGCCGCCUGGUGGACGCCGACGGGCCCCUGGCCCGGCUCAAGAAGGCCAUCUUCAACCCCGAGCUCUACGAGAACAUCGCCGAGUGGAUCGUGGCGCACUGGUGGGCCGUCCUGCUGAUGGGCAUCGCCCUGAUCAUGCUCAUGGCCGGCUUCAUCAAGAUCUGCAGCGUCCACACACCCAGCAGCAACCCCAAGCUGCCGCCCCCCAAGCCGCUCCCAGGCACCUUGAAGCGGCGGAGGCCCCCUCCGGCGGCACAGCCCCCUCCCCGCCAGCGGCCGCGGGAGAGCUACCAGAUGGGGCACAUGCGGCGCUAGGCCAGGGGCUUCGGGGUGGCGUUCUCUUCCGGAUUUUUUCUUUCUUAAUUUUUUUGCCUUGGUUCUUCCUAGUGCCUACAGUGGGAAAAAUUUCGCUCCAAAGAGAAACCGAUGCUAAGCCGUCGUGACGCUG